GAAUGGCUAAAAACCUUAAACAAAUUUAUUUUAAGUACUAAUGUCUCUCAAAAAUUUGGAGGAACUCACUGAUGUUGAACUGCAUCGGAAGCUGCUUGAAUACGAUUUCCCAAAUGUCCCCAUAACGGAAACUAGCCGUGGUUUUUUGGUAAAAAAACUUCAAAACCAUCUGAAAAAUUUGAAAAGUCGGAAACUUUUAACAAAUAACUGUGUGACAUUACGAGCCAGGCAAGAACUGGAAAACUUUGUUGCCCAAGCAAAUGACUGGAGUCGCCACAGCAUAGGCGCUGAGUCACGAAUUAGAGACGCCACAACAUUCGCAGCUUCGGAACAAUCCGUGAGCGAUGGAGACGAUAUUCGGAGGGAAGAUCAAUUACACCAAACAAUUUCGAACUCCUUACAUAGUCAAAACAGAAGAAUUCGUGCCAUGUCAUCAAACGAACCAGUUUCCACUUCAAGUACUGACAGUCCGAGUGAUUAUUUCUCUAUGAUUUGGAGAGUUUUGGGUUUGCAAGAAAACUAUACCAACUGUGUUUGGUGGGGCUUUACGAUUUUUUUCAUCUACAUCGCAUUUAUAUAUAUGACAAAAACUACUGAUAUGGCGAAAUAUAUAAACGAAGGUAAUACUCACUACGUAACCUGCGAUACAAAAGAUCCAGCGGGUCCUUUGCUACGGCCACCUUUUGUAUGCAUUGAAAAAGAACGUCUAGAACCAGCUUUGGCAAUCGUGCGGAAUCUGAUUAAGCAGCUACGUAGUCGCACCGAACGCCAUUAUUGUUACGAUCAGACACAACCGGAAGCUAUGACUGUGACCGAGUUCGUAAGAUCAAUGCUAGAAGAGGGUCACACGGUCGAUGUGCGAAACAUCAAAGAUGCGCAAUAUCUAAUUACUUGCAAUCCGCAAUGGAAGCUCGAUAUGGUCGAUCACAGAGGAACGCCAACAAUUUUCAAUGGAGUAGACAAGAUACUCUCUGACGAAAAUACAUUUUUUAUUCUGAAGCAGCUGCAUUUACCUAUUAAGUGUUUAGUAUUGCUUAAGGCACAUCGGCUGCUGAGUUUCGUUGGCAAUGUGACCCUUCUUAUGUGUGUGGUGUUGAUGCUGUACCUUUUGUACCGCUAUAUGCGUGGCAUUCAAGAACAACACCGCCGAGAUGUGCAAAAUCUGAUUCAAAGCAUUGUUGAGGAGCUGCAGCAGCGUGCUUCUGAUAGUGACAGUGUUAGCGAACAUGAAGUGAUUGUGAAUCAUUUGCGAGAUGAGCUUAUACCUGUGAGUACACGGAAGUGUAAGCUUAAAUUGUGGAAUGAGGCUUUGAGAGAUCUGGAAGAAAAUUAUAGUCAGAUCAGAUUUGAUGUGACGGUACGUUGUGGCGAGGAGUUUCGCACAAUGCGUUGGAUGGACAAUACCACGCAAUCAACUAAUGGGCGUAUAGGCGAAGACGGGGAAAGUUCAACUGAAGUGGAAACCAGCUGUUAAAUCUAUAAACGUGUGCUGAAGUGUUUUUAUUUGAAGCUUAUCAGAAAUAUGUAUACUGAA